AUGUUUAGAGGCAGGGUCAAGCCUCAGAGACGUCGGUCAAGCCCGCCGCCCGAAAAGCGCAGAAGGAGGCCCAUUUCGGUCUACGACUGUGUUGCUGGACGCGUCAACGCCAACGGUUUCAUCCCGGAACAAGCAGCCGUCUCCGCCGGGCGUAUAACCUCAUCCACCUCACGUGUCCCUAUCCCUCCGGAUGAGUCCCUCUUCAAACAGAGAGGCGCGCCCCGUCGCUACGAAGAAGACGACAUCUAUUUUGCUGACAGGCACCUGGCACCUCAUCAGCGUCUACCGGAAUCUGAUCUACUUAAAGCAAUCCAUGCCCAUUCCUCAGAGGCUUACGACCAAGCCUACGGCCGACAAGCCAGGAGACUCUACAGGUCGUUGGAUGAGACCGCGCUUCUGGCGUUUGGAGUCCUCCUGGAGGAGGCAGCCGCUGACCUUCUCGACGAGACUUGUAAUUUGAAGCUCGAGCAGCCCCCAGAGGAUGUUGAUGUAAAGGUUGAAGACGGAGGCUCCCACCCAGGUUCCAAGGGCAAGCGCAAAAGAGAUCCAGGCCCCGACAAUGAGACUGAAGACUCGGACAAUGGAGCUUACCACGACGUCAUGAGACACUGGCUGCAGUAUGACCAGCAAACUGGCUCCGCUUAUCCCAAGCAUGUAGAAAAUGAACCAAACGAUCAACCACUUUCCUCUGCGGCGUCACACUACCGAAAAAUGAGUGUCUGA